AGAUCAGAACAUCUCAAGAAACACCAGCGGAAACCCACAGGGAAGAAAUCUCACUGCUGCUCUGACUGUGGGAAGAUAUUCAACUCUUCAGCAGACCUUAAAAGACAUAUGAGAAUCCAUACAGGAGAGAAACCUUAUAGCUGCGAUCAAUGUGGGAAGAAUUUUACUUCAUCUACCAGUCUGACUAUCCACCAGAGAACACACACAGGAGAGAAACUAUAUAGCUGCGAUCAAUGUGGGAAGAGUUUUAGUCAAUCAAGCAACAUGAAGGUACAUUUCAGAACAGAAUCACACCAGAGAACACACACAGGAGAGAAGCCUUAUAGCUGUGAUCAAUGUGGGAAUAGUUUUAGUCAAUCAAGCAACCUGAUGGUACAUUUGAGAAUGCACACAGGAGAGAAACUUUAUAGCUGUGAUCAAUGUGGGAAGAGUUUUAGUCGAUCAAGCAGCCUGAUGAUACAUUUGAGAAUGCACACAGGAGAGAAACCUUAUCGCUGUGAUCAAUGCGGGAAGAGUUUUACUACAUCUACCAGUCUGACUAUCCACCAGAGAAUACACACAGGAGAGAAGCCUUAUAGCUGUGAUCAAUGUGGGAAGAGUUUUAGUCGAUCUAGCCAUCUGACUAUCCACCAGAGAAUACACACAGGAGAGAAACCUUAUAGCUGUGAUCAAUGUGGGAAGAGUUUUACUACAUCUACCAGUCUGACUAUCCACCAGAGAAUACACACAGGAGAGAAGCCUUAUAGCUGUGAUCAAUGUGGGAAGAGUUUUAGUCGAUCAAGCAAGCUGAUGGUACAUUUGAGAAUGCACACAGGAGAGAAACCUUAUAGCUGUGAUCAAUGUGGGAAGAGUUUUACUACAUCUAGCCAUCUGACUAGUCACCAGAGAAUACACACAGGAGAGAAGCCUUAUAGCUGUGAUCAAUGUGGGAAGAGUUUUACUCAAUCAAGCAACCUGAUGGCACAUUUGAGAAUGCACACAGGAGAGAAAUCUUAUAGCUGUGAUCAAUGCGGGAAGAGUUUUACUACAUCUACCAGUCUGACUAUCCACCAGAGAAUACACACAGGAGAGAAGCCUUAUAGCUGUGAUCAAUGUGGCAAGAGAUACACUGCUAAAAAAACUCUGAUUAAACAUCAGAAAGUACAUACAUGA